UGACAUCACUCUUCUGGAUUCUUCAGCACUCGGCCACUCAUGCGCUGCUCCUCCGUCUCCCGCCUCGCGCUGGCCGCCGGCCCCCGCGCCGCGCCGCAGCCCCUCCGCUCCGUGCUCGAGAUCACGGGGCCGGACGCGAAAAAGUUCCUCAACGGGCAGAUGUGCAAGAACGUCGAUGCGCUCGGCGGCGGCUAUUCCGGGUUUUUGAACGCUAGCGGCCGCGUCCUCCACACCGUCUUCUGCAUCCCCUCCAAGCCCAACACAUAUCUCAUCUCGCACGAGAGCGGGCCGGGGCACAUCGCGCCGCUCGCCACGCUCCUCCCCCCCUUCCGCCUACGGUCCAAGAUCAAGAUCCGCGACGUCACGGACGAGUGGGACGUGUGGAGUGCGUGGGGGGGCGAGGCGCCGGCGCCGGCGCCCACGAGCACAUGGCGCUUCGGGAGCGGGGGCGCCGCAGAGCGGAUUUGGAGCUGGGAAGGGGAGAUGGCGCCGCUUGGGCUCGCCGACGCCGAGGUCGGGUGCUGGGACUUACGGGCCGGCUUCGGGCCAGCAGGUAUGGGGAGGCAGGUGUUCGUGCCGAAGGGCGGCAAGCCGUCGCUGCUGUCGAGCCACGACCUGGCAAGCACGGACGAGUACAACCUCCGCCGCAUGGUGCUGGGCGUGCCGGAAGGCAGCGCGGAAGUGAUCCCGGGCUCGGCGCUGCCGCUCGAGAGCGACAUGGACAUCCACGGCGGCGUGGACGUGCGCAAGGGCUGCUACCUCGGCCAGGAGCUCACGGUGCGGACCUACCACACGGGUGCGACACGGAAGCGUAUUUUGCCAGUGUACUUGUAUCCGCUGGAGGCGGGGCCUGGGGCGCUGUCUUCGUCGGCGCUCACCGUGGAUGACGUGAGCUCCCUCCCCGCUCUGCCCCCGCUCAAGGGUGGUGCGCAGCGCGUCGACAUCAUGUAUACGCCUCCGGCAGGGGCAGCGAGCAAGAAGUCGCGGAGCGCCGGCAAGCUCCUGGCGCUGUCGGACGCGGCGCCGGGCGUCGGGCUCGGCCUCGUGCGCCUCGAGUGGGCCGGGCGGACAUGGGACGGCGAGGGGACGCUGAGUGUGGAGGUAGACGGCGCGAAGUACGGCGUGUGGGUGGGUAAAGGGGAGGCGUAUGCUGCGGCGCUGGCAGCGACGCCGCCGCCGCGGGUGCACGACGACGAGGAGGACAUGGCGCAUGUCGGACCCUAGGCGGGGUUUGGAGAAGCCACUGCAUCAGAAGCAUAUGCAUGACAUUUCGCGG